AUGCCGCCUGCAUCCUCCAGUAGCCUUCUUCUCUUCUUCUUCUUUCAGCUCUGAUCCUACACGGCCAACCUGUCUGUCCAUACGUCGGGGAUGUUGUUUAAAGAGGACUUGGAUCUAUAAAUCACAUCCCUGGAAUGCUGGCCUGGCUCUUCUAAUCCUCCGCCUCUUCCUCCUCCUCAUUCGUCGGCCGGUUCAUUCAGGGAGAGCAUCACAACAGAGGCUUUUUUUAAAAUAUUUUUUUCCUACAUUUCCCAUUUCUUUCCUGGACUACAGGUGGCUAAUUAUUUAUUUAUUUUAAACAUCUGAUGGGUUCAUGUAGCUAAAUAUCAGAGCUGCAUCCUGCUGUUGUCGGUCUCGCUGCACAUCUGUAUGCCAACAGUCACCCCCGAUCUGUUCCCGGAAACGACGCUGGUGCCGUCUCUCCCGGCGAUACCCUCUUUGCGAUCCGCCUCCUCCUCCUACAAGGCCCGGAGGCGCAGCAGCGGGGGUGACUGUGCUGCCAGGCCUCGGCCUUUGCCCGCAGCCUGCAGGCCAGGCCCGAAAAGAGGCAGCAUGGAGGUAGGGAUGCGCGUGGUGCGUGGCCUGGACUGGAAGUGGGGAAACCAGGACGACGGCGAGGGUCACGUGGGCACCGUGGUGGAAAUCGGUCGGCAGGGGAGCACGACGACCCCGGACAAGACGGUGGUGGUUCAGUGGGACAGCGGCACACGAACCAACUACCGCACAGGAUACCAGGCUGCCUAUGACCUGCUGCUGUAUGACAAUGCUCAAAUUGGAGUCCGUCACUCCAAUAUCAUCUGUGACAGCUGCAAGAAGCAUGGCAUCAUGGGAAUGCGGUGGAAGUGCAAAGUGUGCUUCGACUACGACCUGUGUACCCAGUGUUACAUGAACAACAAGCACGACCUCAGUCAUCCGUUUGAGCGUUAUGAGACGGCCCAUUCCCAGCCAGUGAACCUGACACCGAGGCAGAACCUCCCACGCAUCAUCCUCAAAGGAAUCUUCCAGGGCGUUAAAGUCGUCCGUGGACCAGACUGGGACUGGGGGAACCAAGACGGCGGGGAGGGUAAGGUUGGGAAAGUGGUGGACAUUCGUGGUUGGGACACGGAGUCUGGCCGCAGCGUGGCCAGUGUCACCUGGUCCAAUGGCACCACCAAUGUCUACCGAAUGGGCCACAAAGGCAAAGUGGACCUGAAGUACGUGUCAGAUGGCCAGGGAGGCUUCUACUACAAAGAUCACCUACCUAAGCUUGGUGAGCAUGCAGAGCUCCAGCGCCAGGAGAGCGCCGAUGGCCACUCGUUUCAGCAGGGAGACAAAGUCAAAUGUCUAUUGGAGGUGGACAUCUUGCGACAGAUGCAGGAAGGACACGGAGGGUGGAAUCCAAAAAUGGCAGAGUACAUUUGUCGGAUCGGGACGGUUCAUAGAAUAACUGACAGAGGAGACGUCCGGGUCCAGUAUAGCAACAACAUCCGCUGGACUUUCCACCCGGGAGCUCUCACCAAAGUGAACACCUUUGGAGUUGGCGAACUGGUUAAAGUACUGGAUGAGCUGGAAAAUGUGAAGAGACUUCAGGCUGGCCAUGGGGAGUGGACAGACAGCAUGACUCCUGUUCUUGGCCAGGUGGGAAAGGUGCUGAAAGUAUACGCUGAUGGUGACCUGCGGGUGGCGUUUGGAGGUCAGACGUGGACGUUCAACCCAGCGUGCCUUACGGCCCAGCCUGCAGAGGUUGAUGCCAACCUCAUGACGGCCGAGAACCCCAACGAAUCUGGAAGUACUGUCAUCUCCGUGCUGGAGAAGCUGCUGUCUCAGUCCACGGAGCAGGACAACCCCGGCCGGCUCGUCAUCGAGGCAGCCCACGGGAGUGCCAGCAAAGUGCGGGAGUUGGUGCAGAAACAUCCCGACAAGGUGGAUAUCAAGAACCAAGGCAAGACGGCUCUGCAGGUCGCCGCUCACCAAGGCCACACAGAGGUGGUGAAGACCCUGCUGCAGGCCAACAGCUCUGUCGAGGUCAAAGAUGAAGACGGAGACACAGCUUUACACUACACUGCCUUCGGUAACCAGGCUGAGAUUGCGCGGCUGCUGCUGAGCAAAGGGGCGAAUGUCAACGUAUUGAACAACUCCAUGUGCACAGCGCUCCACAUCGCUGUCAACAAGGGCUUCACUGACGUGGUGCGAGUGCUGACUGAACAUGCGGCUGACGUCAAUCUCCAGGAUUCAUACGGGGACACGCCGCUCCAUGAUGCCAUUGCUAAGGAUUUCCGCAGCAUCAUUGAGAUCCUGGUCGUAGUGCCCAACAUUGACUUCACCCAGCAGAACCACAGAGGCUUCAAUCUGCUUCACCACGCCGCCCUCAAAGGAAACAAACUGGCCACAGAAAAGAUCCUGGCUCGAGCUCGACAGCUGGUGGACGUUAAAAAGGAAGACGGCUUCUCUGCCCUUCAUCUGGCUGCUCUCAACAACCACAGAGACGUCGCCGAGGUCCUCAUCAAGGAGGGGCGCUGUGAUGUCAAUAUCCGCAACAACCGAAACCAGUCACCGCUGCAGCUGUCCGUCACACAGGGCCACACGGACCUGGUGCAGCUGCUGGUGGACGAGGGCGCCGAUGUCAACAUGGAGGACGAGGACGGUGACACGGCGAUGCACGUGGCCCUGCUUCGCCCGCAGCUGGCCAACGUCAUGCUCACCCCGUCAGCAGGGGGCAGCAGCACGGAGGAGGGCAGCGAGGGCUGCUCGUCCACGUCGCUCUACUGCAGGCUGAAUGCCUCGGGUCUCCUGGGGAACACCGAGCUGAACGUCGCCAUGGCGAUUGCUUGUUUUCUGGCCCAGGAAGGUGCUGACAUCAGCUACGCCAACCACAAGGGCAAGAGUCCUCUGGACUUGGUGGGAGACAGCACCAUGAUGCAGCUUAUUAAGAACUUUUCUGAGAAGCACAGGUUGCAGCGCCUGCAGGCCAUCACAUGUGGGCAGGGCCUGAGCAGCGCGAGCCUGCGGCGGGUCCACACAACGCCCAACACCAUGACCAACCUGGUUUUUCCCACACCGGCCGGUCCCAGUGAAUGCCUCAUCUGUUCUGAGCUGGCUCUGCUGGUUCUGUUCUGUCCCUGCCAGCACAGCGUGGCCUGUGAAGAAUGUGCACAUCGCAUGAAGAAAUGCAUCAAAUGUCAGGUCACAAUAACCAAGAAAAUACGGCAAGACCAAACCGAGGUGGACUGCAGCCCCGGCACCGAGAACUCUGAGCAGCACAACCUGCUGGAGCAGCUGCAGUCCCGCUACAGGCAGAUGGAGGAGCGCAUCACCUGCCCCAUCUGCAUCGACAACCACAUCAAGCUGGUCUUCCAGUGUGGCCACGCCUCCUGCAUCGACUGCAGCGCCGCGCUCAAGACCUGCCCCAUCUGCAGGCAGACCAUCCGGGAGCGGAUCCAGCUGUUUGUCUGAGCUCCAGGUUUGUGUCCUCCUGGGUCCGCCGGCCCACAGACCCCAGAGACGGAGCCCGGGAAGGGAAGGGAAGCUGCGCCGCUCUCGUGCCCUCUCGUCUCUGGCCGCCGCACCUCACCAGCGGCGGUCAAACAUUCGUUCGACUUUUUUUCUAAAGAGACGCUGCUGUAGAUCGCUCAGAGUUUGCUGUUACAUUUUGGGUUCAUUUCCAUCUGGAACAGCGGAGGAACAUUGCUUUAAUUUAAAUUCCUGCUGCAGGACAGGCUCUGAGGAAUCGCACGAGGCAGAGUGGGCGUGGCGCCUUCAUCCAUUUUGAAUCCUCUUGAUUGAUAAAGGAGCAACUGGGGGCGGAGGGGGUCCUCCUCGUGUUUCCUGUUGUACUUUGUCCGACCCUUCUGCUGCUUUAAGUGGAUGUCUGUUACCCAUCAUCCUCUGUGGUUUUCUGGCCUCUUUUGUUUACAUGUCUGCGCAGAGAUCGGUUGUUGUCCUGGCGCUCCUUGGCCCGUGAAGUACAUUGCUCUCAUUUACAUCCAUCUCUUCAUUCUCAAUGUAAGGCUCUGCAGAGAGAGGGUAUAGCUGAAAGCUCUCUAUGCAGACCCCAAAACACUUCUGUCUAUAUGCAAAGGGAGACAGACACUAUAUAUGCAUGAGUUUAUGCAUAUUAUCCAGCUGAAAACGACUUGUUUUGUCACAGAUAAACUAGGGUUUUGUCUUACUCUAGGGUUACGCUUGUGGUUGCCAAUGUACCUUUGACUACAAAGUUUUAUUUAUGUGUGAAAGGUGUUUUGUCUUGUUUAUCUUGGUGUUUUGUUUCUACUGAGGUUUAACCCAAGCCUACGUCUGCUACUCAGGGUAUUGCAUCUUGGAAGCACUUGGACUAUCCAUAAAUGUUUUAGGAGCUCACACCAACACCAUUACAGUGCGUUGUAUCGAUUUGUUCUGGUGGAUCACCAAGAGGAGGAAAUGUAACAAAAACAAAUAGAUUUUGGCAUUAAUGACUAAAAUAAACACAAAACAUGUCAUUCUCAGUUGAAAUGUGGACGGUUGUGGAGCAGAUUCUGCGAGAAGACUUCAAUUUCCCUUCAAAACAUACAAAAUAAAGAAGUGAGAAGGUGCAAACUCUUCCUAAUGAAAAAAACAAAACAAAAAACUGGAUCCAAAUCUGGAUUAACAUGGAUUAUCUUUUUAGUCUAAAGCAUCUCAAGUUUCCUUUUCACAAAUUAUACUAAAAAUCUCAUAUUGACACAUUCUCUCUGGUUCACAAGAAAAUAGGCCUCACUCAUUAUGACAGUUGAAAUUAAUAUCAGUUCUUCAUGCUUUUGUUAUUUCUGCUUCAUACUUAUGAUGAGUUAAGCUGAUCAUAAGCGCAGCACUGAGGGUCUGCAGGCGGCCAGCAGCUGCUCCACUCACCGUUAUUAGGCUACUAGCAUUAUGCUGCAUAAAUGUGAAAAAUGGAGAAAGUUAUAUGAGCUUUUCAUGAGUUAUUUCAUAACCUGUUGACCUUAUUCAGCUCCAAAAAUAUAAAAGAUAUAAAAUACUGAGGAGGAACCCCAUAAGCUGUUACCCUGGCUGAUGACCUCUGAUCUGUAAAAAUCACGACUUGUGAUAGAGCGUCUUUUAUUGAUUCUAUUCAACAUUUUUAACCAAGAAAAUCUUUUUUAUAGAGAACAAAGCAUCUGUUUUGUCACUUUUGGCGACAACUGUGCUGAUUAGGGCAACACGAUUUAUAGAAUGAUGGUUUUUAUUUCUGCUUUUUGUUUUUGUUGUUUUUUUUUUUUUUUUUAUCCAGGAGCAGUUUGAGUAGCUCUGCUCUUUUAGUGAAAUUGGCUCAGGUCAGUUUGGGGUCAUUUCUGUGUCUGACCGCUCAGCUAUAUGCUUUGACAAUACCUCUCCAAGUCUGUGAAUGUGAGCCCCUUGGACCUUGCAGAUGAGCGAGUUUUGUUUUUAUUUUCUGUGGGAAUCUUGAUGGUCACACAGCCAGCAGCACUGAUGAUGACACUCCCGUCAUCAUCAGGCCUCAUGGUAAAACAGUCUAGACAGUAGGAAUUACUGCAGAUGCAAUGAGUGCAGGCCAACUACGAAGGUGGUUUGAAAUGCGUCAUAGCAUGUAUUUAGGGUUGUUUCCAUGUGGUUGGGUUGUCCAGGAUGGGUGCUGGUGCCAGGUGUUGUCCAAACAUCCCCAAUCAAUAUAAGAAGGUUCCACACAACUUCAUGUCUGAUUGUGUUGGUCUGCUCCUUAAGGUUUUUCACUGGAUUCCCCCUAUUUAAAGAGGUUCAUGCUUUGUUUUUGUUUGUUUUUUUGUUAGUUUUUAUCAGGUGUAUCGUGCAAUGUGUAAUCACACACACAAACACACAGUCUGUGUGUUUCUGUCUAAGGUUCACAUCUUGUCUUACCAGUGGAGUAUUUCAGAAGCAAGCCGCCCCGUUUUUCCUCCUCUGGAGAUCUGGAUUGUACAUCAGCUUCGUCGUUUUAUUAAAUUUGUUUUUUUUUUUUGUAUGUUGUGUUUUCUUUGAAGGGCUUAUGCAUAUAUAACAACGACAACAACAACAAAUCUAGUCUAAUUUUAAUUGAAUCUUUUUUCUUAUUUUUUAUCUGGAACUUCCAGAGACAGGAGGGGUUUUUAAUGUCCUCAGUGUCUCCCCGACGGUGGGAGAGACAAUGUUAAAGAUGUACAUUUGAAUGUUGGUAGGGGAGAUAAUGUAUCCUGUCUCACGCUGCCUUUUUUUAAAUAUGUGAAGAAAAACAAAAACGUCUAAAGAAAAAAAAAAAAAGAGCUAGGAUAUCCUUGUGGUUUGUGAUGAGGAAAUGACUUUUACAUCAGUGCCAAAUCGCAUGAGGUUGUGCAUGAACCUGAACAUGAACCUGAACAUGAACAUGCACGCCCGUUACUACACAGAUGCACUCUUCUACCCCAACCCCCCCUCGACGUCAGACGGGGGGCAGAUUAUUCUAGCGGUGUGUUACAAAGCGAAACAAAGCAUAGCGUCGGGUUCGACUCCGGAUCGGACGUCUUCUUUCUCUCUCUCUGUUUGUGGUGUUAGCCUUCUAGCUUCAGCAGUCACACGCUGAACCUCUACGACAGAAGACGCUACUCUCAUUCCCAAAACGUGAGCCGUUCUGAGCUUUUUACAACUAUAUAUGUACUUAUAUAAUAUAUAUAUAUAUAUAUAUUUAUAUUUUGUGAGACAUUAUCAAUCAAGGGACAUGUUUCUUAUAGAAGUUUCAGUAUUUAAAGAUUGUCCUUUGGUGUUCUGAGUUGAUGGGUUUACAGGCGAGGCAAUAAUGUUUAAGAGAAAAAAAUGUGUGAAAUUGUUUUAAUUUCCUUUCCUCCUUUUUAAGGAGUCUUGCUGUGAGCGCGGCGAAACGGUUUCUGUACAAAAGUUCUUAAUUAAAGCAGCAAAAUGUUACUGUCUGUGUUUGUACAGUUCGACUCUCGGAGUUCUGAUGUUGGCCUUACUGUCCAUUCCUCCUCUGUUGAUGUUUCUUUUUCAGUUGAAUUCUGUACAAAAAUAUUUUGCAAUAAAUAUGGAACUGUUUUUUAAAGACUG